CUGCCACUUCUGUGAUAUGUUCAGAUACAAUCCUGACACACACAGCCAAUAUGACCUUACAAAUAACCACUGCCGAAAUCCAAAUGACAGUAAUGUGGCACCGUGGUGCUACACUAAGGACCCAACAGUCAAGUUGGAACAAUGUUACAUUCCGCGAUGUGGUGAAGAAUUGCCGCCAUUAUCGACAAAACCACCAGUAUCAGUUGGCUCUUGUGUUCCAAAUCAGGGAGCAGACUACAGGGGAACACAGAAUGUAACUAGACAUGGAAAACAAUGCCAGGCUUGGAACUCUCAACACCCCCACAAGCACAAUUUUACCAGAGAGGAAAUGAUAUCAGCAAAUCUAGAAGAAAACUACUGCAGAAAUCCAGAUGGGGAUGAAGAUGGUGCAUGGUGUUUCACCACUGACCCAGAAGUAGAAAUCGAUUACUGUAACCUUAAUUACUGUGGUGUGAACUCAGAGUGCAGGCAUCAAGGAAUCUUUCAGGAGGAGUCCAGUUCAGGACGCUACCAACUGAACUUCCAGGCAGGAAUCAAUCUCUGCCAGAGCCUGGGGACCACCCUAGCAACAUUAGAACAAGUGAAGAGGGCGCAGAGAGCUGGCUAUGAAACCUGCAGAUAUGGAUGGAUUCAGGGUGGUCUGAUUGCUAUCCCUCGAGUAGUCGGCAUCCCCAAUUGUGCGAAUAACUUUAGAGGGGUCUACACCAUUCAAAAACCAUCCAAUGAUACUUUUGAUGUGUUUUGCUUCAAUGCAACAGAAUAUGAAAGUUGUAGCUCUGAGAUUUCACCCCCAACACAGUCUCCUGCUGACCCCAAGGUGAUCAGAGUCAGCCAUGUUCUCACCACCCAUGGAAAACACACUCCCAGCAGCUUACAGACUAGCAGAGUAUUCCUUAACACCCAGGAAGCGUUCUCUGUAUUGAAUCGGAUUCGCCGAGCCAACAGUUUCUUGGAAGAGGUGAAAUUUGGAAACUUAGAGCGAGAAUGUAUUGAGGAAUACUGUGAUUUCGAGGAGGCUCGUGAAGUGUUUGAGGAUGACCAGGAAACAGAUAAAUUUUGGAAGAGUUAUGAUGCAUGUGUUGGUGACAGAGAAGGCACUUCCCCUCCAGAUUAUCUGAACAAAUGUCUGGAUGGAGAAUGCUAUGUGGGGAUUGGCUCCCAUUACAAGGGCAACGCUUCGAUAACUAUGUCUGGAAGAUCAUGUCAGAGUUGGUCGAGCAACUUUCCACACAAACCAACGUUUGCUUCUUUAGGUGAAGAAUUGCCGCCAUUAUCGACAAAACCACCAGUAUCAGUUGGCUCUUGUGUUCCAAAUCAGGGAGCAGACUACAGGGGAACACAGAAUGUAACUAGACAUGGAAAACAAUGCCAGGCUUGGAACUCUCAACACCCCCACAAGCACAAUUUUACCAGAGAGGAAAUGAUAUCAGCAAAUCUAGAAGAAAACUACUGCAGAAAUCCAGAUGGGGAUGAAGAUGGUGCAUGGUGUUUCACCACUGACCCAGAAGUAGAAAUCGAUUACUGUAACCUUAAUUACUGUGAUGACCUUGUGGAUAUAUUCCAAGAACACUCAGAGGAGGAAGUGGAUGAAAGCAGGAUAACUGGUCGAACAGUAGAUUCUGGAUACACGACUUCCUUCAAUCCUAAGUUUUUUGGUAAAGGAGAGGAUGAAUGUGGUCUAAGAGCAUUGUAUGAACGCAUAAACAAGGAAGAUGGAGGAGAAAAGGAAAUGCUGGCAUCCAUCAAAGGUCGAAUUGUGCACGGAAGCAAUGCUGAAGUAGGGAGUGCCCCAUGGCAAGUAAUGCUGUUCCGUAAAAGGCCACAGCAGAUGUUGUGUGGUGGCAGCCUAGUGAGUGACCAGUGGGUUAUUACAGCAGCCCACUGUGUCUUGUAUCCUCCAUGGGACAAGAACUUCACGGAAAACGACGUUGUAGUCCGUCUUGGGAAGCACAAACGAGCUGGGUACGAAACGGAUACAGAAAAAGUCGUUGCAAUUGAUAAAAUUAUUGUUCAUCGCAAUUAUGAGUGGCAAACGAACCUUAACCGUGAUAUUGCAUUGUUGCAUUUGAAAAAACCCAUUGUAUUCACUCAGUAUAUAUCGCCCGUCUGUCUACCAACCAAGGAAUUAACCCGCAGAUUACUACAGAAACAGCAUUUGGGUCGGAUCACAGGUUGGGGAAACCUGCAGGAAACCUUUGUCAAUACAGCAACCAGUUUGCCUGAGGUACUGCAGAUGAUCCAGCUUCCCAUCAUCUCACAGCAACACUGUACACUAUCCACUUCUAUUCAGGUUACAAAGAACAUGUUCUGUGCCGGUUUCCCUCCAGGAGCUAGCCAGCGUGGAGAUGCCUGUGAGGGAGACAGCGGGGGCCCCUUUGUGAUGAAGAAUCCAAACAAUAGGCGAUGGUACCUGAUGGGCAUUGUCUCCUGGGGAGAAGGAUGUGACCGGGAUGGGAAAUAUGGAUUCUACACUCAUGUAUUCAGGUUUAGAAAGUGGUUGGAGAAAGCUAUACAGACCAAGAUACCGUCACGAAAGAGUUAAAAAUUGCAGUGUCUUAAAGAGGAUAUAGGCACUUUUAGAUGUCCACUGAGGAAAUUUACAAGAAAUUUGAUGUUUAUCAAUGAUUCAGUCAUUCCCUGUACCUGAAUUAAUUUUCAACAUUAAUGAAAUAAAGUCAAAUUAUUACUGAUA